AAAAAAAAAAAACAGGACGGCAGGCAUAAAUUAAAUGUCAGACAAAUUGAGUGUGCGUAUAGAGCGGGAGGUACACAGAGCGAGAGAGCGAGCGCGAGCGUGAGAGCGUUACGGAUAAAUCAUGCGAAUGGCACGCCACUCUCACGGCCGCCAUAUUGCACGAUAACGGUGAGAUAACGCGCGCGCGGCCACAACCGAACCGAAGAGCGAUUCGGUGGCGCACUCGGGACCCCGAGAGUUGUUCGAUCAGCAGCAGCCGCAGCCGGAGCGCGCGCCGGACGACUUCCUGCAACGCCCGAAACCAUUCCCCGGUCGGGCCCGUCGGUAGCCGCUGCCGAGCGGCCAGAAACGCUUCAGUAGCCGAGGGUGGUGGGCCCUCCUGCCUGUUUUGUUUUCUCGCCCCGUGUUGUGGGGAGUGUGUGGUAGCGCCUCGUCAAGUCCCUUUUUGCAGCAAGUGCUUAAUCAGCUAGCCCCGAGCGAGCAGAGAGUGUGUGUGUGUGGUCAACUAUCAAAUCGCUGUCCGGAAAGGCUCACCCACGCACAACAAGAAGAACCCAGCUCACCAUCUCCCCAAAAAGAAUAAAAAACCCCGUUCAGCGAGUAGUGUAGCGUCCCACUGCCGCUGUGCGUCUGUGUGAGUAUGUGUGUCCCGUGGGUGUGGGCGUCCGCGUGCGCCUGUGUGUGUGCCGUGCAGGUGUAGUGAAGCGUGAGUGUGCGUGCAGGUGUGUGUGUGCGCGAAAACGAAGCAUGUGACUGCUGGGCCCAAAACGGAACGCUUCUCCCGUUUUUUCGAGCCCCACGCUUAACUCUGUGUGAGUGUGUGUGUGUGUGUCUCUGUGUCUGUGUGUAACAGUUGUCUCGAGCGCACAAAAGCUCCUCUCUCCUUUCCUCCAUCGCCCCGCCCCGCAACAAGUUCUCGCGAUGGACGAGAACGAGGUGAUGGCCGCGUUCCUGUGGAGCAAGCAGUCGCAGGAGAUGUACAGCAACCAGGGGCUGAAGGACCUGCACCACCUGCACCAGGACUUUAUCAUCAACGACUACACCGACAAGAUAGCGACCAACAUCGACCUGCUCGACACGGAGCUCAAGUUUGCCUGGGCGGCGCUGAACCUGUUGAACGAGGAGUACACCAAGAUGUCGGAGAAGGUGUUCAAGCUGCAGUCGCUCAACAUCUCGCAGCAGCGGAUAGUGCAGAACCUGCAGUUUAUGGAGGAGAACCGGAAGGCGUACCUCGACAUGAUACCGGACUACGCGAAGCAUCACGAGUUUUCGCUGCAGGAGCAGUCGCGGCUGCGGAAGGAUCUGGAGUACCGGGAUCGGAUCAACGAGGCGCUCAUUAACAGCGGCAUGAUACCGCUGCAGGAGGAGCGGGAAGAGUUUCUGCACCAGCAGCAGCAGCUGCAGCUGCAGCACCAGUACCAGCACCAGCAGCACCAGCAGCAGCUCUUCCACCAUCAGCUGCAGAGCUCGGCUCAGAUGUACCACGCGAGUGCGCAGCUCCAGGCAGGCAGGCACGGGCUGUACGAAGGUAUGCAGCUGCUCGAUCAGCACCUGCAGCAGCAGCAGCAGCAGCAGCAGCACCACCAACAACAGCAGCACCAGCAACAGCAGCAGGUUCAGCUGCAGUUUGAAAACGAUUUUCUCAUCCUGCAGCGCAAUCUAGCCAAUGUGCCGCCGGAAGUGUUGAAGGUGGAGCACGGGCAGGGCAUACUGCAGCCGCAUCUGGAGCCGUCCGCCGCCACCCCGUUACCUUCUGGCAGUGCGGCCGCCGCCCCCCAUCCGCCGUUGCCGCGCAUGUCGACCAAUCCGUUCCUGUCGGCGGGCGAGGCAGACCGGGGCCUGCUGCGCAACAUCGAGCCGGCGGACAGUGCGGCCAUCAUCGAGGAGCAGCUGCGCACCUCCUUCCUGAACCACGCGAAGCAGAUCGAGCUCGAGUUCGGCACGCCCAAGUCGAAGCAGUACACGGCGGAGCGGAUCGAGAAGAUGCAGAGCGAGGAGGUGCGGGAGCUCAUCAACAAGAUCAUGAGCGAGGAGGACGUGGCGUCGCUCAGCAGCGAGGAGAUGGACCGGGUGCGCUGCUUCAUGGCGAAGAACUGCACCGAGCUGAUGGACGUGUUCGACGACGACCUGCAGGUGGUCUACCCGGUCAAGUCGGCCGAGCUGCUGAUGGCGCGGGGCAAGCAGGCCGUCGCCGCCGCCGCCACCGCCGCCGGUCCGAGUCCGCGCAAGGAGCUGGCCAAGUAUCUGUCGGACGGGCUGGCCACGCUAACGAAGGACGAUCUGCUGACGGUGGAGAAUGGGACGAUAACGAUACAGGACAGUGCGUCGGAGAACGAUUUCCGGCUGAAUCUGAGCACGGACGCGAGCCGACUGCCCGAGCACGGUGCCUCACCGAAGAAGCUGAGCGAGUUCUCGCCCUUCGGCCUGCAGGCGACUGCUGCCGCGGCCACCAUCUUGGGGACGGACGCCGUGUACGACGGCUUUCGGGAGGUGCGGGCCUUGGAGGCAGAGCAGCGCAUGGAGGCCGCUUCAAAGGCCGAAGAGAAGCUGCAGUACAGUGCGGGGGGCGCAGCAACCCGGGAAGCGGACGCGGUGGACGUGCCGAAAACGACCAUUCCGCCCACGUUCGCCUGCUCCAACCUGGUGGGCCUGACCAGCGGCAAGCCUCUGUUCGCGGGAAGCCUGCGGCCGAACAUCACGGAAGCGCUCGAGAUGACGUCUUGCGUCACUGCCUCAAGCGUCCUCGCGCCGCAACACGCCCACGGCGUCGAAACGGUCGAUGUUCGCCAGGCCGGGCCAGGCAUCUGUGCGGAGGGCGUCACGCUGCCCCCGCGCAAGGCUAGCGUAGUGGACGCCGCGUGCCUGGUGUCGGCACCGGCCAAGACCACUGCCGUCACCGAGGCGACCGACACGGCCGCCAUCCUCCAGGCCAUCAUCAGCCGCCGGUCGAGCGUGGCAGAACCGUCCACCAGUCCGCCCACGUUUCAGCCGCUGCCCGGCCAGACCUCCAUUACCGACUCGCCCGAGAUGCAGGCCAUCUACGACAGCCUGUCGCGCAAGUCGAGCCUGCCGACGCUCAGCGAUACCAACUUCUUCCCCUCGCUGGACAUUACCGACUCGGGCUUUGCCGAUACGAGCGACAGCCUGGCGCUGUUCGCGCAGCUGCCGCUCACCGUGCCCGGCACGGAGGCACCGAUCAGCCUGCCGGACUUCUCCACCAUGUCCGCGAUCUCGAACAUGCCGGACAGCUCGGACUGCUCCUCCUUUCUGCACAUGUCGAUGAACUCGUCCGGCAUUAGCGAGGCGUCGGACGGGAUGGGCGGCUUCGCCAGCCAUCCCGUGCCGAUCGCGGCCGGCGAGCAGCUGCAGCACUGCAAGGACGCGCUGGUCAUCACGUCCACCACGCUGGUGACGACCACCUCCACCACGACGGUGGGCAAACUGCCCGCCCUGCCACCGAUCGGCCCCACCACCACCACGAUGGCCGCCCUGGCCGAGGGCAAACCGAUAGUGGAGGCGACGGGACUGGCACUGCCAGCGCUGGUCGCAUCCACGGUGACGGGCACGACCGUCGUUACCAGCACCAUCGUCACUGCCAACGGGACGGCGACCGUCCAUGGGCCGGCCAGUGCGGUAGUCACCAUGCCGCCCACUACCGCAGAUGCAACGAAGAGUGUGAAGCCGCCACCGACCACAACCGGCACUCCCUUUGUGAAGCCAGCAGCUGCAGUACCCGCGAGUGGGGCGGUCCAACCGCAACCCACCGGCCAACCGACAGCCAGUCAGCAGAGCAAGGUACCGCUGGUAGGCGCACUGCUGCCCUCGAAGCAACCAGCUGCCCCGGCGGCUCAACCACCGCCACAACCACCGACCGAGCAGAAGGGUGCGGCCGGGGGCGGCUUCUUCCAGUCGACCACCGUCAACAUCGGCAGCUUCUUCAACAAGGUCAACAAGAACCUGGUGCAUCAGGAAAGCUCGGACAGCAUCAUCGGCGCCAAGUCCAAGUCCUUCUUUGCCUCGAUGAAGAGCUCCUUCAGCAUCGACUCGUCCAAGGCGUCCGUGGAUGAGGGGGACGGGCAGCAGGUGGCCAGCGCACAGCCACCUGCCGGCCAGCUGGACGUCGCGCAGCAGCAGCAGACGUCGGCAGAUCUGUCCCCGCUCGCUGCCAAAGGUGGUACGACACCUUCGGCCGAGGGUUCGCUGCACGAGCAGCACACUCCCUCGUCGCUGUCGGGCGAGCAGCAGUCGUCGCCGCCGCGCGACACCUCCUCCUUCGAGGGUCAGCUCGACCCGAGCCCGGUCGGUGCGCAGCAGAGCCCGCUGGCGGAGUACGACCCGGAGGACCAGUACCAGGCGUACGACCAGCAGGACCCGGGCAGUGCCACCGACAGCCAGCAUCAGCCGGGCGACGGCCAGCUGGACCGCGAGCUCGACCCGAACGGUAACGGGGCAGCGCCGGCGGCCCAGCGUCGCCAGAGCUUGUUUCGCGCCCAAGGUAGUGAAGAUGGCGAGGGCGGCAGCAAAUGGAAGCUGCUGAAGACGCUCAAGGAAAAGCGUAUCGAGGAGAAACAGAAAGUGGUCGAAGUCGGUGAGUCCUUCGACGACGAGCCCGGUCUGUUCAAAAAGGUGGACGUAAGUGGCAAGACCGAGGAGCCCGAGAAGCGAAAUGGGACGGUCGACAGUGGACGGAACAAUGGGCUUGGUGACAACACGUUCUACAGCAACAUCGACAGCAUGCCCGACAUUCGACCAAGGAGGAAGUCCAUACCGCUUGUGUCGGAGCUGACCAUGGCUGCCACGAAACGGAAUGCUGGACUGACCUCGGCCGUACCGCGAGCGACCCUAAACGAUGAGGAGCUGAAAAUGCACGUAUACAAGAAGGCGCUGCAGGCGUUGAUCUAUCCCAUCUCGUCGACCACACCCCACAACUUCGUCCUGUGGACGGCCACCUCCCCGACCUACUGCUACGAGUGCGAGGGGCUGCUCUGGGGUAUUGCGCGACAGGGCGUCAGGUGUACGGAGUGUGCUGUCAAGUGUCACGAAAAGUGCAAGGACUUGCUGAACGCAGACUGUCUUCAGAUGUGCUUUGCCGGUGCUUCCGAAAAGAGCUCCAAACACGGGGCCGAGGAUAAGGCGAACUCGGUGAUAGCGGCCAUGAAGGAGCGCAUGAAGCAGCGCGAACGCGACCGGCCAGAAAUAUUCGAGCUGAUCAGGAAAGUGUUUGCGGUGGAGGAGAAGAGCCACGCCGGCCACAUGAAGGCGGUGAAGCAGAGCGUGCUGGACGGUACGAGCAAGUGGUCGGCCAAGAUCGCCAUCACCGUCAUCUGUGCGCAGGGUCUGAUCGCGAAGGACAAGAGCGGCACCAGCGAUCCGUACGUGACGGUGCAGGUAAGUAAGGUGAAGAAGCGCACCCGCACGAUGCCGCAGGAGCUGAACCCGGUGUGGAACGAAAAGUUCAACUUCGAGUGCCACAACUCGUCCGAUCGCAUCAAGGUACGCGUGUGGGACGAGGACAACGAUCUGAAAUCAAAACUGCGCCAGAAGCUGACGCGAGAGUCGGACGACUUUCUGGGACAGACAAUCAUUGAAGUGCGAACGCUGUCGGGCGAGAUGGACGUUUGGUACAAUCUGGAGAAGCGUACUGACAAAUCAGCCGUGUCCGGGGCGAUCCGCUUGCAUAUUUCCGUAGAGAUCAAAGGCGAGGAAAAGGUAGCGCCGUACCACGUCCAGUACACCUGCCUGCACGAGAACGUGUUUCACUACUUGUGCGAGGAGGCGCUGGGAGCGGUGAAUCUUCCCCAGACCAAGGGUGACGACGGGUGGAAGAUUUACUUCGACGAAACGCCCGAAGAGAUCGUGGACGAGUUCGCGAUGCGCUAUGGCAUCGAGAACAUCUACCAAGCCAUGACCCACUUUCAUUGCCUAUCUACGAAGUACCUGUGCGCUGGCGUCCCGGCUGUUAUGAGUACACUAUUAGCUAAUAUAAACGCUUACUAUGCACACACUACGGCUUCGAGCGCGGUAUCGGCCAGCGAUCGCUUUGCGGCAAGCAAUUUUGGUAAAGAAAAGUUCGUUAAGCUACUGGACCAGCUGCACAACUCGUUACGAAUCGACUUGUCCAUGUAUAGAAAUAACUUCCCCGCUUCCAGUCAGGAGAAGCUGAUGGAUCUAAAAUCUACCGUAGAUUUGUUAACCAGUAUUACCUUUUUCCGUAUGAAAGUUCAAGAGUUAUCCAGCCCACCUAGAGCGAGCACAGUGGUGAAGGAUUGUGUUAAGGCUUGUCUGCGAUCAACCUACCAAUUUUUGUUCGAAAAUUGUUACGAGCUAUAUAAUCGAGAGUUUCAGGUUGAUCCGAACGAAGCGAAGCGUGAAGGCGAAGACCACGGACCAAAACUAGAGAAUGUUGAUUUCUGGCACAAGCUAAUAGCUUUAAUUGUAUCAGUUAUCGAGGAAGAUAAAAAUAGUUAUAGUGCUGUACUUAAUCAAUUCCCGCAAGAGCUUAACAUCGGGCAGGUGUCUGCGGCGACCAUGUGGAGCCUGUUCGCCGUCGAUAUGAAGUACGCGCUCGAGGAGCACGAGCAGCACCGGCUGUGCAAGUCGUCCGCGUACAUGAACCUGCACUUCAAGGUGAAGUGGCUGUACACGAACUACGUGAAGGAGGUGCCCCCGUACAAGGGCGCGGUGCCGGAGUAUCCCGCCUGGUUCGAGCCGUUCGUGAUGCAGUGGCUGAACGAGAACGAUGACGUAUCGCUGGAGUACCUGCACGGCGCGUUCAAGCGGGACAAGAAAGACGGGUUCCAAAAAAGUAGUGAGCAUGCUCUCUUCUCAAACUCGGUCGUCGAUGUCUUUACGCAGCUAACACAGUGCUUCGAUGUGGUAAGCAAACUCGACUGUCCCGAUCCAGAAAUCUGGAAGCGUUACAUGCGACGUUUUGCUAAGACCAUUGUUAAAGUACUGCUUGCGUAUGUUGAUAUCGUAAAGUCGGAGUUCCCCGAUAUAAUGCAUGAGGAGCGAACAGCGUGCAUUCUUAUGAACAACAUCCAGCAACUGCGGGUGCAGCUGGAGAAGAUGUUCGAGUCGAUGGGCGGCGAUAAGCUGGAAGAGGAUGCGGCCAACAUUCUCAAAGAACUGCAGCAGAACCUGAACACGGCCCUGGACGACCUGGCGACACAGUUCGCAAAGAGCUUGGAGCCAAGAAUUACUGGCAGCGUGCGGGAGCUGGGCGAUCUGCUGCAGCAGGUGAAGCAGCAGAGCUCCCUGUUCCAUGCGCCACCGGCCGACGAUGCCAACCUGAUCGCGAUCGAGGCGGACGAGGUGCUGCGACCGCUGAUGGACCUGCUGGACGGUUCGCUCUCAAUGUACGCCCAGUCCUGCGAGAAGACCGUUUUGAAAAGACUGCUGAAGGAGCUGUGGAAGAUAGUGAUCCGAACGCUGGAGAAAACGAUCGUGCUUCCACCGAUGACGGAUCGAACGAUGGUGUUCAAGCAUCUCACCGACAAUGCCAAAAAUCUGGCAGCGAAUGCGAAAAUCGAGGACAUGUCCCGACUCAUCAAGAACCACAUGUCCGGCAAGCAGGAUGCCAAGAACGUGCUCAGCGGGGUGAUGGACAUCUCCAAGGAGAUGGAGAAGAACCUAUCGCCCAAGCAGUGCGCCGUGCUGGAAGUUGCACUCGGCACGAUCCAGCAGUACUUCCACGCCGGCGGCAAUGGGCUGAAGAUGCCGUUCCUGGAGAAGUCGCCGGAGCUGCAGAGCUUGAAGUACGCGCUCAGCCUGUACACGCAGACCACGGACACGCUUAUCAAAUCGUUCGUCUCCGGGCAAGGUGCUUCGGAAGAAGGGGUUAGUCACGAUGAUGCUUCCGUCGGUGAGGUGUCCAUUCAGAUAGACGUCUCGUCGAACCCGGAGAACGGAGAGCAGAAAAUAUCCGUCAAGGUGAUCGCUGCCAACGAUCUCAAAUGGACCGUCCCGUCCGGCAUGUUCCGGCCAUUCAUCGAGGUCAAUCUGAUUGGACCGCAUCUGAACGAUAGGAAACGAAAGUUCGCGACCAAAUCGAAAUCGAACAACUGGUCGCCGAAGUACAAUGACACCUUCCAUUUCAUUAUUGGCAACGAGGAGCAGCUGGAAUUUUUCGAACUGCACAUAUGCGUGAAGGAUUACUGCUUCGCCCGGGAGGAUCGGCUGGUUGGUGUAGCAAUACUAAAGCUGAAAGAUGUCGUUGAUCAGGUAUACUAUUGGGUGAUAUAUUUAAUUUGUGUGUGAAUGUAUGUGUGUGUGUGUGAGUUGCGUAUGAGUCCCGAAGAAUGAAUGAGGAUGGAUGUUGGAAAAAUGCAAGAAGAACUAUUCGACAACUUCUGGAGAAGGAUCCUAGUAGAGCGUCAAGAGAAGUUGCGUACGGAAUUAACGGAAAGUAGACAACGAUGGGUAAUGUAUGCAAGUAGAACUGUUUGAAGGAAGAUGUGAGCAGAGCUUGAGGAAACAGAGAAGACUGGAUCAACUCGCAAGAGAACAACGAUGGGUUAAUAUGUAGAAGAGCAACUAUUCGACAACAUCUGGAGGAAGACACAAGCUGAGCUGCGGAAAGCAAAGCAGACUGGAUCAAUUCGCAAGAGGACAUCGAUGGGUAAUGUGCACAGGAAGAGCUUUUCUACAAUGCGUCGAGCAAGACAUGAGCUCAGCUUCAGCGUAGAGAGCAGAGUGGAUCAACCGAUCGAGGACAACGGAUGAUAAUGGUAAUGUAUACAUAGUUUUCUAUUUCUAGAACCUGAUGGAGCCUGCUAUUUUUUCGAAAGAUGCGACCAUACUGCGACCAACUAACCCGAAGUGAUAUCGAGA